GAUGGACUAAAACAAGGGAAGCUUCCAGAAGGUCAUCGAGAGGGCGAGGGAGAAGAGGAGCAUCAUUGACUCGGAGUGGAUGCAGAACAUGCUGGGCCAGGUGCUGGACGCCCUGGGCUACCUGCACCGGCUGGACAUCAUCCACAGGAACCUCAAGCCCUCCAACAUCGCCCUGGUGGGCACCAACCACUGCAAACUGCAGGACCUGAGCUGUGACGCGCUGAUGACCCACAAGGCCAAGUGGAACAUCCGGGCGGAGGAAGACCCCUGUCAGAAGUCCUGGAUGGCCCCCGAGGCCCUGCGCUUCUCCUUCAGCCAGAAGGCCGACAUCUGGUCCCUGGGCUGCAUCAUCCUGGACAUGGUCAGCUGCUCCUUCACCGGGGCCACGGAGGCCAUGCUGCUGCGCAAGUCCGUCCGGAGCCUCCCCAGCGCCCUGGGGGCCGCGCUGCGGACCAUGGAGGAGAGGCGGGUGCCGCACGCCCGGAUCUUCAGCGCCCUCCUGCCCCGGAUGCUGCAGGUGGAGCCUGCGGAGCGGAUCACCGUCCAGGAGGUGGCCCAGCUCACCCUGCUGAGCAGCGACUUCAGGCCCACCAGCGUGUCCCUGCUGAUGCACCAGCGGGACGUGCCCGCCUUCAUCUCCGCCAUCCUCUCCGAAGGCUGUGUGGCCCGCAUUCUAGAGAUCAUGCAGAACUUCCCCAGCCGGCCGGAGGUCCAGAUCAGGGUCCUGGACAGGCUGCUGAGAAUGUCCGACGACCAGCUAGGUCUGCCGUGGCCCAUGAAGGUGGUGGCCGUGCUGGUCACCAUCAUGAAGAACCACGAGAGGCUCCUGGACAUCCAGCUGUGCGCCUGCGCCCUGCUGCUGCGCACCCUGGGCCAAGCCCUGGCGCAGGACCCGGCCGCCACCGUGCGGAAGGGCGGCUCCAUCACCUCCGUCCUGCUGAGCGCCGUGCGGAGCCACCCCGAGGCCCAGCAGCUCCUGGUCAUGGCCUACAGCCUCCUCACCAUCGUCUGCAGCCAGGGGUGCGACUCGGAGGAGCUGCAGAAGGAGGGGCUGUUCACGCACAUCCUGGAGCACCUGGACUCCUGCUCCGGCAACAGGGAAGUCUGCAUGGCCGGCCUGAGCCUGCUCUGGGUGCUGCUGGUGGACGCGGACAUCACGGACAAGGUGCCCCUGGAGAAGGCCCCGGGCCUCAUCGCGGGGCUGCUGGCUGCCUACCCGCAGGACACGGAGAUGGCGGAGUCCGGCUGCGCGGUCCUCUGGCUGCUGUCCUUGCUGGGCUGCAUAGAGGAGCACCUGCUGGAGGAGGUGGUGGUGCUCUUCCUGCGAAGCCUCCGGCUGUGCCAGGACCGCGUCUUGCUGGUGAACAACGCCUGCCGGGGGCUGGCCAGCCUCGCCAAGGUGUCGGAGCUGGCGGCGCUGCGGGUGGUGGUGCCCGAGGAGAAGGGCAGCGGCCUCAGCCUCAUCAAGGACACAUAUGAGCUGUACAAGGACCACCCGGAGGUGGCAGAGAACGUGUGCCUGCUGCUGGUCCACCUGGCCUCCUACCCGGACACGCUGUGUGAGCUGGUGUCCAGCGGCAUCCAGUCCCUGGUCCACGAGAUCAAGGAUCGCUUCACCUCCAGCCUGGUGAGUGCGGGCAGCGCUCGGGGAACCAGGUUUCCACCCUCCCCCUCUGCCACCACCAGGCCAGGAGCCCCAUGGGGCUUCUGCGGGCGGCAGCACCUCCUGCCUGUUCGGCAGCCAUCAGCUUUCAAAGGCAAGGACUCAGACACUGCUGUGGAGCUGAGACGGGCCCUCCCCUCCUCCCCCCUCCCAGGAGCUGGUCUCUUACGCGGAGAGGGUGCUGCAGAGCCUGGAGGCGGCCAGGCUGCCCUGCUCUGCCCAGGAGCCUCCCACUGCGGCCCCAGAAGACCAGCACCUCCGGGUCCCGGUGCCCGUGCCGUCCGGCCUGCAGCGCGGGGCACCCGCUGACCGGCCUUUUCCUUAGGGGGGAGGCAGUGCGGGAUGCGGCCCGGUACAGCCCUCAGCCCCGCUGGGCCAGCGGCCGUGUCGGAUACCGCCCUUCCGGAACAUUCUGAGCGAAGACUCAGGCUCCCCAGCCCCACCUCAAGUAAAGCACACUC